AUGUUGCUUGGUGACGAGUCUUUAUUUUGUACAGAAUAUCUAUGGGAUUUGAGCCUAGAACGCCAAAUUUUUGGUCUCAAAGAGCACUUCCGUUUUCAGCGCUUCAAAGACGACAAUCAUCAAUUUCAAUACCACUGGGCAUUUAUGCCCAAACUUACAGUGGCCGGUGGCCUGAUUGUUCUCGUGAACAUCGGCUUUGUAGCUGGUGGUAUCCUGUUACUGCGAUAUAAUUCAACGCUCGAUAGCAACGGUUGGGCCGAUGUGCUGAUGGACACAGACUACGAGGCCGCUUCAAGUAUCGUCACUUCGAUGUUGCAGUUGCUGGGAAUUACUAUCAUUGCAUUAGCGCUGGUGGGUAUUGUGGGUGCCAUCGUUCAGAACCGCCUGCUACUUGUCUUGUACUCGAUUGUCAUGGUCGUUACCAUGUUGGCAUUUGGCGUCUUGGCAGGUACAGCUCUUUCGUUUCGGACCAAGAUGACGGACUGGGAGACGACGUCUUUCCCUGCUGAAAAUGAAGAGGCCAAGUUGGCAGUAAAAUUCAACGAGAUUUACUGCUAUGCACAAGGAUACUAUUACUGUAAUCACGCCACGGCGAAAGAGGCUUACAACAGGUUUGUUCCAAACGCGUCGUCUGAGCUUGCAAAUUUGCUGCCCAAUGCGACAGGUAUUGUAUCGUUAUGCGACGAGAUUAUUGGUACAACCACGGUGGAUGUCUUGAAUACAGUAUGUGAAGCCUGUAAGAUGUCAACUACGUACGCUAAAUACGACAAGAUCCUGACCUGGGCGGAAAAUCAAUGUCCUAGAAAUUCCGCAACUGGCAUAUGGUGCGCUGCUUUCUUGUCGACAGGAACUCCAGGAGAAACGUACAAUGGUUCUCCGUACGGUCACUGUCGACCUAUCUUUCUAGAUAUGGCCAUUGAUUGGAGCUCUACCAUUGCAACGGCUGGACUGAUAGUCGCUCUUUCAGCAGCUAUUAUCGUAGCACUAGCUUGCUUUACUCGUCGUUCAAAGGUUGCUGCUACUGAUUAUGACCGUGUCACGGAGAUGUAG